AUGGAACUAAUGGAGCUUGUCGAGAAUGAGCCUACGGCUCGCCCUUUCCAGUGCGACUGGCAAUCAUGCAAUAAGAGCUUUAAUCGAAAGUCAGACUUGCAACGACACUACCGGAUACACACAAAUGAGAGACCUUACUCUUGUGUCACGCCUGGGUGUGGCAAGAGCUUCAUCCAGCGCAGUGCGUUGACGGUUCACAUUCGAACCCACACGGGUGAGAAGCCACACCAGUGUCAGCACAUUGGAUGUGGAAAGCGCUUCUCCGACUCAUCGAGUUUAGCACGACACCGCCGAAUCCACACGGGCAAGCGGCCGUACAAGUGUGCCCAUGAUGGGUGCCUGAAGAGCUUCUGCAGAAAAACCACCAUGGUCAAGCACCAACGACGGUCUCACCAACGCGGCAUCCACUCUUCCGAAUUGGACGACUGCACGUCCGAUUCCGACAGCGGCGAGUCGCCUUCGACUCCCAAGCUUUCGGGGAUGCAGUGGCCGCAGGUCAACAUGAAUGGUGGCCAUCCCGGCUUGCAUGGCCACAUCCAUCGAGCUGCCUCCUUUGCCGACUUUGGUCAAAAUAUGAACGGUUACAACCAAUAUGGUCAUCGUCACAACGUCUCCUCGGGAACAGCCCACGAAUACCACGGUCAAGUGGUCCACGAUCAACCGCCGCAACAGCAACAUCAUCACCCGCAACAGCCGCAACAGCACCCGGGUAGCCACAUGCUCCAUCGCACAGCAAGUAUGCCUCAGCAUUCCUACUACGUGACGGAGCACAACAACCCGGGUGUAGCGACAAUGAACGCCAACCCGAUGCCAUCAGCAUACCAGGUCCCCAGGCAACAAGUUGAGGGACUUCCUCUGGACAUUCCGUACAGUGCCGCUGGCAUAAACGGAUCCAUCCAAAGUAGUCCAGGCACAUUCUCGCCGGCCUCCGGACGCAGCCCAUCGGCACAGCAAGAGGCCUUUUAUACCCACCAGCCGGCACAAGGUACCACGUAUGGUCUCCAGAACGCGUCGCCCGUGGAACAACAGCAGCCUAUGGUACAGUACGCUCAACAAAUGUCGCAACAAAUCCAACCUCCGCAAUCUAUCCCUUCGCAAGCACCAGCUCCUCAACCGAUCCACCAGGUCCAAGAACAAUACCAACCGUCAACUCAUCAGCAAGAAGAGCACUGGUACAGCAGUGUGCCAUACCAGCAACCCGUCGAGGUGGCCACCAUUGGUCAACUACCCACAUACGGCUCCGGCGUUUAUGACCCCUGGUCCAUCAAGGCCGAGUUCGACGACCCGACGAUGCAGCUUCCCAGCGCCCGACUCGAAAACAUGUAA